AUUACAUUCAACACCAGGGCGGCCGGUGUUACUGCUCCUUGUGUUAACCUGUUGGAAAGAGCCAGAUUGUCAGAAGCCGCAAUGAGCACAAGAGGUGAAGGACCCAGCCAGUCCACGACUCCCCCGGAACAACCUGCAGAGCCACCGCAGAAGAGAGGUCGGGGAAGACCCAAGAAACAGCAGCAAGAACCCACUGGACCACCUACGCCUAAACGACCUAGGGGAAGACCAAAAGGAAGCAAAAACAAGGGUCCCUCUAAAGCAGCUCAAAAGAAAGCUGAGCCCACUGGUGAGAAACGACCUAGGGGUAGACCUAGAAAAUGGCCGCAGCAAGAGGUCCAGAAGAAGCCUGCUCAGGAAGAGGGUGAAGGAACGUCCUCGCAAGAAUCCACAGAGGAAGAUUAAGAAACCACAUUAUUUUACUUCUACCUCAUUCAGCAGUUGGGUCUUUUGAAGGGAGAAGACACUACCUUGACCACUUUUUUUUUCCCAAUUAACAUUGGUCUGUCCACUUUAUCCUGGGGAGAAACACAUCCUCUGAAAGACUUUUGCUAUCUACCUUUUUGUAAUCCCUUCACAGUCCCAGGUUUAGUGAAAAAAAACUGCUGUAACACAGGGGACACAGAUUAAUAAUGCAACAUUUAAUUACUGUUUUCUUUUUUUUAUUCUCAACAUACUUAUAGUUUAUUGAGCUGCUAAGUAAGGGUGAGUGGGUCAAAAAGAGUUAUAUUUUUCAUUACAAUGCACAAAAUAAUGCAAGAAGAAAUCACCAUAUGCACAGCCAAAAUAUGGGCAAUUUGAUAGAACCAAUUUUCCUGCGUAAAAAUGAUGGACAGUAAUGUCCCAAACACCCACCCUCCCUAACUUAGUAAACACCCUGUAUAGAACACCAAAGAUAAGGGAUAGGCACUGCUCUUAGAGAAACUUUAAAGUAGACUUUUUUUUAAUUGAUAUUUUUCACUUACUGUAAUUCAGGAAAAUCCUAGGGCUGAUUUUAUAUAUAUAUUUAAUUCUGCUGUUAACUCAACACCUAAAAAUUAUAUUCAGUAACUGAAGGGAAGAAUGAACAAUUGACAUUUUUUUUUACAGCUCUGUAGGGACAAAAAGAAAUAAAGAAAUUCCACUUCAGUGUAAGUCAUUGAGACCUACAAAGGGAACUGAUUUUCCCCCACCAGUCAGCCAGUAAGAAUCACAUAUACAGGUGACUUUACCUCCAAAGCACUGACAUGUGGCUAGGUUGAGCAAACACAUUUCUUGAUUUUGGGAACACGUGCUGUGCAAUUGAUCCUCAAACCAUUCCUCCUCCUUCCCAACAAUCCAAAAGAAUACUCAGUCAAACCAGCACUUUUAGUGACAGUUGCAAUAUUAUCCCAUUAUCUGUAACUACCUCUGAUUAAUUCAAUUAGUUUGACAGCCUCUCGGGUACAUGCUGCUAUACACAUAAAUGCAGGUUUUUUUUCCAAACUAAUGGACAGAUAAACACUGAUACCUGUUAAUUCAUUUUGGUUCUGCAGUUUAAAUAUUAAUAGAGGAAACCAGAAUACCUGAAAGCAUUUCGAUACUGCAAUAUAAUUGCUGAAUUUUUACGAGUUGCUUAGUGCCAGUUAAUGCAACUCAUUUUCCGUUUGUACUUUUAACUUGAAUAUAAUUUUUUUUUACUGAAUUACUCAUUGCUUUUUAACAGAUCUUUUUUCUUAUGUUACAAUUAAUGAAAUGGAAAUGUCUCUAAUGCUUUUAUUUUUCAUUUUUAUCAGUAGUGUUUGAAAAAUAACUGUCCGAGUUUGUACCUCAAAUGAAUUCAAGGCAAAUGGACUAAUCAGUUGACCAAAACCUACCUCCAGAUAUUAAAAAAGAACAGACUUGUUAUUAGCAACACCAGUUUAAAAAUAUCAUUUAAAAUUUUAGGACUGCAACUAAUCCCUAGUCAAAGUAUUUUUGUAAAAAAAAGAGAAAAAAAAUAACCUUGGACACUAAAGCAUUUUAAAUUACUUUCUAUUCUGAAACCUUCAAAAGAAACGUGAAGCUUUGUAGGUGAAAAAUACAAGCUCAGUUUUUUUUUGUAUAAUUCAAUCAAGAAUAUGUGUUUAAAUUAGUAGAUUGUAAGAAAAGUACUUGAUUCAUAUUUUCAUGUAUUUUACACAAAUGUGAUUUCUUUGUUUUUACCUUUUUGUAAUAUGUUUCAACCAGAUGUAUUUUUAAAUGCUUCUUAUGUAGAGUUUUAUCUUGCUUCUCUGCUUGUCAAUAUUGCUACUUUUAACAUUUAAUGGGCCGGGGAGAUGGGGAGGGGGUAGUUUCUCAGGAGAAUCCGUGACAGUAAGGCUUUAGUGUUGAGCCAAAGUACAACCAAAGCUGAUUCCUUCUGGCUUCUGUCAGAAUUUAUAAAACCUUGGCAUAAACUCGGCUGGCUCCUCAGACAAUAUGGUGCUUAACCUGUCUGUUUACUGAAGACUGAGCUAAUAACUAGUUGUAUUUUCCCCACAUUUUUCCAUUAAUUGAAUCCUCCAACAAAAAAAAAACUGCCUUGCAAUUUUUUAAACUUAGGAUUUGUUUGAAAAUCAUUCCAUGUACUUCGAUUUAAAAGAGAACCCUGUAAAGUUUUACCUCAGUUUUGGUCUAACACAACCUAAGGAAGCCUUUUGUUACGUGUUGGACAUUUAGCUCUGGGAAGCCUCUCAAAUGCUAAUGUUUAUCAUGUAUUUCUCUGUAUGUUGUACAAUCAAUUACACACUACUACCUCUUGGGGCCUACUGUUACCUCAGUUUCAAGCUGAAAACCUAUUCAAUCGUUUAUGGCCAGUAGACCAGAGAGAACAUCAUAAAUUUUUUUAUACAUAGUUUAUUUUUUUGGGAGAUAAAUUUUAUAUGACUGUUCUCUUCUGACUGGUCACCUCAAAGACUGGACAUUUUAACUUUUCUGCCAUUUUACGAAUUUUAGUCUUGGUUUGUGGGGGAGCUUGAAAAUGAUUAGACUGCUCUCCCUGUACCUUGAGUGUGUAACUUUAUUGCUUUGCUAUUCACUUAGAGAAGCUGUCUGAUUGUACUUGGAAAUGCUUGCUUGCUGAGAAGGUUCCUUUUAAGGAUUAUCACUGUCUGUUCAGCACAAAUAAAUGUAAUAACCUCUGUGAUCCCC